UUGCGAGCGCCGUAAAAACUCGACUAAAACUAAAAACUAAUUUAUGAUAAAACCUUUGGUAGAGCAAGUACGGUACUGUGUUAGUUGACCCCUGUAUUGUGCACAGUGUAACCCCUUCAUUGUUCAAGAACACGGAUAUCAGAACGCAAGUCUUUUCGAAUAACUGAGAUGAGUAAUGGUUUGGCAACACUAAUGUUGUAAAUAUAACAACCGACGACGAACACUUAUAAUACUUAGAACAGUUUUUAGCUACUAACCUGAGAAAAAAAAGUUUGACCAAACAACAGUAUCUUAAAAGUAUUAUUAUUCAUCAAGAUCAGCUGUUUGGAAACGGAGUAGAUCUAGAUCGAGAUCUCUUGGCUGCUGCUGUGUCUGUCCAGGAUCUGACAGUAAUUUCAGAGACGUCUGAACCUAACUGGAUGUUUGGUUUCCCGCAGAUAAAGAACGAUGUCAUUUCAGCCAGAGCCUCAACUCUUCAAUGAGACGUGUGCCCCCUUACAGUUACCCUGUUACGGCAACACGUUCCACAUCGACCCCUGUGACUGCCGGGUGUUUAUACAAUGCGUCAACCUAAAUCAGAUCGUGCGUACGUCAUGCUCGACCGGCACUCUCUUUGACCCCGCCUCCGGGGGGUGUCAGUUGGAGGAACUGGUGCUAGAAGACGGGAAGUGUGAUCUGGUGAAGCCUUGGCAGAGAUGUGAAGACAUGGUGACGGAUCCCUAUGACCAGAACUACCUAGCUGCUCUCUGUGGCUUCCCCAAUGUAGACCCGGAUGACCCAAAUGGGCCAGGGGGAGGUGGUGGUGGAGGUGGUGGUGGAGGUCUUGGUGGUGGUGGAGAUGGUGGUGGAGACAAUACAGGCGCUAUCGUGGGAGGCGUUUUGGCGGGUGUGGUGGUCGUUGCUGUUGUCGUCGCCCUCUUCGUCUACUGGAGGAAGCGCGGUGGGCGACUCAACUUCAUGCAGGGGGGUCGAAGGAACCCGGUCCAUUUUCCAACCCAGAUUACAACAACUCUAUGAGGAUUCAAGGCCACACUAACCUCGGGUUUGAACCCAAACAGCAGGGCUCACAUGUCACCGCGGACAAUGACGGCUACUCUUUGGCUAGUGCUGUGUCACAGCCGCCCCAGGGAGCUAACCAAUUGAGACUCCCAGGUAGCAGGGAGGAUCUUUCCAGGACCAUCUCUGUUGGCGGCCGUGACGUCCUGAUACAAGACAUGGAAGGCUACCAAGUCGCUCAUCCCAGCGGCACCGUGCCCCGCCAACCCCUCCACAAGGAAGACCACGACAACGAGCAGUUCAGCCGGCCAGGGGGAGACUACUUCACGCUGGAGAAGGACGCGCCUUAUUACUGAAACAUGUGGAGGCAGAACUUGAACUCCUUACUGGCGACAGUUCUCCCACAAUGCAGUGCUUUCAACCGGAGGACGUCACAAUAAAUUUUAAAAAUCAGCGGUUGUGCGACUGAUUCAAACACACUCUUUUAAAAUUGAAACGUUUUAAGGCGCCAAUUCGAAAACACGCGAAGCAAAACAUGC